AUGGCGCUGCACACCGGCCAGUGCGACGUGGCGCUCAUUUGCUACGGCAGCAACCAGGGCUCGGGCUUCGGCAAGCUCAAGUCGAUGGCCGAAACGCCCUUGUACGAGGCGCCAUACGAGCCACGCUACCCGAUCUCCAGCUACGCCCUGGCCGCAGCGCGCCACAUGCACCAAUACGGCACCACGCGCGAGGACCUGGCGCACAUCGCGGUGGCAGCGCGCCAGUGGGCACAACUCAAUCCGCUGGCCCACACGCGAGAUCCACUCAGCAUCGGACAGGUGCUGGCUUCGCGGCUGGUGAGCGAUCCGCUGUCGGUGCUCGAUUGCUGCCUGGUCACCGACGGCGGCGGCGCCCUGGUGCUGGUGCGCAGCGAGCGGGCACGCGACUUUCCCAAACCGCCGGUCUAUGUCCUAGGCACGGCUGCGGCCACCUGGCACCGCCAGAUCGGCUCCAUGCCCGACCUGACUGUCACCGCAGCCGCCGAGUCCGGGCCGCGCGCCUUUGCCAUGGCCGGUCUGGCACCGAAGGACGUGGACGUGCUGGGGUUGUACGACGCCUUCACCAUCAACACGCUGCUGUUCCUCGAAGACCUGGGCUUUUUGCGCCAAGGGAGAAGGUGGCGCUUUCGUGCGCAACGGGCGCAUCGCACCGGGGGGCGAUUUUGCCGGUCAAUACCAAUGGCGGCGGUCUGUCGUGCUGUCACCCUGGCAUGUACGGCAUGUUCCUGCUGA